ACUACUCUUGGGACCACUUUGACAACAACAAGCACUGGCCCUUUACGAAAGUGUUCUGCUCAAGGCCGUGCUCGGCAACUGAUAGGGUAUUCCACAGCAUCAGACAUCCAAUACGAAAUACUUACGUCGGAAGUCUCGUGAAGGUUGACGCCAAUAUGGGAGUAAAGACGGAAGUGUUCCGCAUGAUGCUGUACCUGUCCUUUCCUGUGGCCAUGUUCUGGAUCUCCAAUCAAGCAGAUUAUUUUGAAGAGUAUGUAGUGAAAAAGAAGAGAGAGAUCUACCCACCGGAUGAGAAGAUGCAUAGAAAGGAGCUGGACGACUUCAAGGAGCGAAUGCGAGAUCGAAAGGAACAGCGGCUGCUUAAACAGAUGGGCAUGCAGUCAGAGGAGUAAAGAGGACAGGGCAGCAGAGGAAGAUGAGGAGCAGGUGGGUGAGAAGGAGGAAGAAGAAGAAGGAAGAAAAGGCUGUUUAAUUCCAACCUGCAGCCAGAAUCCUGUGGUGCACUCUGGGUGUCCUGUGGGUACAGCAGUGCCUUUAAGAUCAAGUGUUUCAGUUCCAUGUCAGUUCAGGAAAGAAAUUAUUUGAAAAACCAUGGGCAUAUUUAAAUUCAUGCCCUGAUCAGAAUAAAACAAUGCAAAGAUGUGAAUGCAGCAGCAGCACGUGUGCGCACCCAUGCACCUGAAGAAGGCGUUGAGAUGUAACAUACUAGAUUAAAACACAGAUGUAAUUGCUAUGGAAAUGUGUUAUUUAUUGUCUUUCACAACUGAAAAAUGCAUAUCCUACUUUUAGAGUUUUUGUUGUAUAUACCGCCUUUCAUUAAAAUUCUAAAUUAUUGUGCUUUAUAA